CCUCCCGCCCGCCGUUACUUCUCUGCAAGCUCGAGGCUGUCCACCAAUCGCAAGGCUCGUCGGAGAGGCCACCUGCCGCGGCCGCGUCCCUAGCAACCAGCCACCGCUUCAGAAAUCGGGGGGAAAUCGGGGGGAGACUGCGGAGUCGGCUGGGAGCGGGCGGCCGCCCAGGCCUGAGCAGGGCUGGCUCCCGCCAUGGACACCCCGCCUCUCGAAGAGCCCCCGGACCAGCACGGUGACAGCCUGACGCACGAGGAAGCGGAGAUGGAGUUGAAGGAGCUGGAUGGGCUGAGGGAAGCGCUGGCCAACCUCCGGGGCCUUUCUGAGGAAGAGAAGAGCGAAAGAGCCCUGCUGCGCUCCCGCAUCCAGGAGCAGUCCCAGCUCAUCUGCAUCUUGAAGCGGAGGUCGGACGACGCCCUGGAGCGCUGCCAGAUCCUGGAGCUGGUCAACCAGGAGCUGGAGGAGAAGCGGGCGCAGGCGGCCGAGCGGCUGAAGGCGCAGAGCAGACGCGCCCAGAAGCUGGAGGAGCGCUUUGAGACCCUGGCAGCCAACCACGAGCUGAUGAUUCGCUUCAAGGACGAGCACAAGAGUGAGAACGUCAAGCUGAGGGAGGAGAACGAGAAGCUGAGGCUGGAGAACACCACGCUCUUCAGCCAGGCUCUGAAAGACAAGGAGGCCACAGUAGUGCAGCUCACCGUGCAGAGCGAGGCCCUGGCCCAGGAGCUGGAGGCUCUGAAAGAGAGAUGCGCCCAGGAUGCCCGCCGGGCGCAGGCCCGCGAGAAAGCGCUGCUGGAGGUGCAGAGCCAGCAGGCCUGCGCGCACGCCGCGGAGGAGGAGCAGCUGCGCCGCCAGCUGCAGAGUCUCCAGCAGCAGCACCAGCAAGCUGUGCAGCAGAUGGCCAGUGCCAGCGAGACGCACGGCAGGCUGAGCCAGGAGCUGCAGGCCAGGCUGCAGACCGCCACGCGGGAGAAGGAGGAGCUGCUCCAGCUGUCCAUGGAGAGGGGCAAGGGCCUUCAGAGCAAGCAGGCGGAGAUCCGCCAGCUGGAGGAGAGGCUGGAGGCGGCCGAGCUGGCCCGGAGGCAGGCCCUAGAGCGGUUUGAGCGAGAGGCCGCGGCUGUGGACGGCAGCCUGAGAGUCCGAGAGCUGCAGCGCAGGGUGGACGGGAUCCAGAAUGCCUACGACGAACUCAGGCUGCAGUCAGAAGCCUUCAAAAAGCACACCCUGGGUCUUUUAAACCAGGAGAGAGAGCUCAAUGCCAAGCUCCGCCAUUUCCAGCCAUAAGGAAGCCUCUGCUUGUCUGUCCCCGUAGUGAUCCCAGUAUUGUGCCCUCAGCAUUUGUGCAACAGCGGAGAGAAUAUUUCAUUUAUUAUACUUGUAAGCGUGAGGCAACCUAAAGAAAGGCUACUUUACUAUGAUAUUGUCCUUACUGUUUUAAAGCGAAUGCCAAUUUUUAGUUCUACCAUUGAAAGUAUACAAGAUUUACCAGCGUUCUUUCUGUACCUUUGAGUCUUCUAAAUUUGUUAUUAGUAUCUUUCCUAACGUGUAACUUAUUCACUCAACCUCAGAUGUCUUCACAUAUUUUGAGAUUUUAAAUUAGCAGCUUCUAUGCUUUGAGUGAAUACAGGGGAAUGAAACUCCCAACCUGAAAGAUACCUGGACAGAGUUUGUGUUCUCUAAGACUGAAUUUAGGAGCGACAGAGGUUAG